GUACUGAAGCACGUCGGUGCUAUCUGCCCAGCCCGAUGUCAUUCCGCUCUCCAGCAGCACCACCCCGCGCGGCUUGCUCGAGGUCCCGCCGGAGCUGGUCCAGCCCCAGCCCGCGGGCCUCGCCGGCCGCUUCUCCUCGAUCGCGGAUUAUCACGAGCUCUACAAGUCUGGAGCGGCGACGCCGACCCAAGUGGUCGAGGCUCUGCUGCCGCUGAUCGACCGCGACCGCGAGCCGGAGCCAAAGGAAUACGCCAUCGCUUUCACGCAGAUGCGUGCCCGGGAUGUCCUGGAGGCGGCCGCAGCGUCGACCGAGCGCUGGGCUCAAGGGAAGCCGCUCUCUUACUUGGACGGCGUGCCUUUCGGCGUCAAGGACGAUGUGGAUGUCGAAGGCUACGUGUCCUUGAUGGGUAUGAAGGUGAAUGACGCCCACAAGUACUUCAACACGUUGCCAGAACGUUCAGCUUGGCCUGUCAGGAAGUUGAAGGAGGCCGGGGCCAUCAUGAUGGGCAAGCUAAACCAGCACGAGAUCGGCAUGGAUACGACUGGCUGCAACCCAACAACGGGAACCCCCCGGAACUGGUACAACAAGUCGUACUACCCAGGCGGAUCGUCAUCGGGUUGCGCGUCUGCUGUCUCUGCUGGGCUCGUGCCUAUCGCUGUUGGAUCAGAUGCAGGAGGCAGUAUCCGUAUCCCAUCUGCGUUCUGCGGCGUCUAUGGCCUCAAGCCCACGCACAACCGGGUCUGUCACAUGAGCUCGUCUGUGUGCGCCCUCGGCCCCAUAGCAUCGACGGCUGCGGACCUGACCAUCGCCUACCGCUUCAUGGCACAGCCGAAUCCAGAGGACCCGGUCCAGAGCUUGUUCGCCGUGUCCACGCCUCCGGAACCCUCGGCCAAGAAAUACCUCGGCAUCUGCCGAGAGUGGAUUGGCGGCACGGUCGACCAGGACGUGCUCCGGAUCUUAGACCAGUCGCUGGACCACCUCGUCGCGCUCGGCUACGAAGUCAUCGACAUCCGGCUGCCCUUCCUCCGCGAGGGCCAGCUAGCCCACUCGGCCAUCUGCGUCACCGAGGCGGCGGCUGACGCGCGCAACCGCGCCGAGACGCCCUCGUCGUUCCUCGACAUGCUCAACUAUCCCAAUCGCGUCGUCAUCGGCACGGGCUCCCAGACCCCGGCCAUUGACUUCCUCAAGUACGGACAGAUCCGCCAAGUCAUCAUGCAGCACUUGGCCUUCUUGUGGGAAAAGUACCCUGGCAUGAUGAUCCUGAGCCCGGCGACGCCCAUGGCCGGCUGGCCCAUUACCGAAGGCGACGACAAGUACGGCUGCUUCGACGGGAACAUGUCGAUCCGCAACAUGACGUACGCCUGGCUCGCCAACUUGAGCGGCUGCCCCGCCGUGUCGUUCCCGGCCGGGUACGUCGAGCCCAAGCAAGGUGAGGGCAUGCUGCCUGUCGGGCUCAUGGCGAUGGGGGAGUGGGGCGCUGAGGAGCAGCUGCUGGCCUUCGCGAGGGAGCGGGAGAGCUACCUGAACGACGUGUAUCCCGGAGGCAGGCGAAGGCCCGAGCAGUGGGCGGACCCCAUUGGUGAGGCCAGGAAGUGGGCUGACCUGGCUCGAGCUUCGAGGCAGAACGUCGCCGAGGCCCAAGAGGCGAGGGCUGCAGCGCUAGCGGCUGGGAAGAACGUGGACAAGGAUGGGAAUAUCGAGGGAGAGGAAGACCAGCAGAAGGAGGAAGGGGAGCACUGAUGAGGCACGAAUGGCAAUUCAGAGAAGGAGGGGGGGGGGAUGACACGAUGCAGAAGACUAACAAAACCUACAUUCCUCAGCAAAGGAUUUUAUGGGG